AUGGCCGCCCCGGUCUCGUCCGCCUCCACUGGGGAGAUCGCGCAGGACCAGAGCGCAGGGAAAUCCGAGCCUCCUCGGAAGAAAGGCCGCACCAAUACUCCCUGGACUGCCGAAGAAGAGCAGCGACUGAAGACCAUGCGCGAUGCUGGCCGUAGUUGGAGCGAAAUCGCCAAGGACAUGCACUACGCCGAGUUCGCAGAGGACGAGGCCCUUCGGGAAGCAAUCAAGGAGUAUGAAGCCAACAAGUGGAAGGUGAUUGGGCAGAAGGUUGGAAAGCCUGCGAAGGCCUGCGAACAGUAUGCCAAAGAGCAUUUCAAAGAUCUCUAG